GAAAAGAAAAGAGAAAGGCGGGGAAGUUGAAAAACCCUAUUAUUUGAGUAUAAAUAUAUGUUAGAAAACCCCUGAAUGUAUCCUGUCUUUUCAAUUUCAAACGGAACUCAUGGAACCACUGUCAGAGUUUUGGGGUGUUGAGGUUAAGGUUGGACAAUCUGUCAAAGUUGAUCCCAAUGAUCUAUGUGAAGGAUACAUUCACAUUUCUCAGGUUGCACUUGGAGAGGUAAAGAAAGACAAAGCAAGUGAACCUGUUGUUCUUUACUUGAAAGUUGAUGAUCAGAAGUUUGUUCUGGGAACUCUUAUUAAGGAUACCAUACCUCAAAUUGCUAUGGAUAUCUUUCUAGACGACGAGUCUGAACUGUCCCACAAUUCAAAGAAUGCUACUGUCUAUUUUUCUGGAUACAAAGCCUUUCGCAUCGAUAAUGCUGAUGACUUUGACUCCGACUCUUCUGAUAAUGAUCCUGAACUUGCUCCUUUGAGGAAACGUGUUGAAUCAAAAGCUCAAGCUGCAAAGGAGGCUGCUAAAUCUGGAAAACCUAUUGCUGAAACUGGUGCCUUGGCAAAGAAAGUCAAGAUUGUUGAUCCAAAGACUGGUAAUAUUGUUGAUCCAGAGAAAUAUGAAGAAAUAUCUGAAGAUGAACCAGAUUCUGAUUUUUAUGUGGAUGAUCAUUCAAUUUCUGAUGAGAUCGAUACUGAUAAUGAUGAGAAUGUUCCAGAGGCUCUUGCGAAGAAGGUGGCGGCAUCGGCUAUAAAUGCUGAGAUUAAUACUGAUAAUUAUGAUACUGAUUUAUCUGAUACUGAUACUACUGAUUCUGAUGGUGAUGAAGAGACACCUGCCAAGAAGGUAGAAGCACCACAAGCUUCAGUUCUUACCUAUAUAGCUAAAAAUGCUACUCAUGAAAAUAUCGAUACUGAUACGAGUGAUAGUGAUACUACUGAUAGCAGUGAUGAAGAGACUCCGGCUAAGAAGGUGGAUCAAGGCAAGAACAGAGAGAGAUCAAAUGAGGCUCUAUCACAAACUCUAGUUCUUACCAAGAAAGCUAAAAUUGCUACUCCUGUAAAGACUGAUGAUAAAAAAUAUGUACAUAUAGCUACUCCCCAUCCUAUGAAGAAGGGUGGAAAAACUUCUCAGAAUGCUGCAAAGGACCAGACUUCCAAUUCUAGCAAAUCUGCCUCCUUCAAAGCUGGUCAACAAAAUAACAAGUCCAAGCAAGGUCGUCAGUGAUUUGCAUUUAUUGCCAUAUUUGUGGAGUAAUUUUCCUUGUAUUACAGCGAGUAUGGUAAAAACGCUUUAUGUUUCAUCCUCGCUUUUAGACUAGUAAGCUGUGCAAAGUUUAAGGGAAAACAUAGAUUGGAAAUUUUCGAUUGACAUUGUUGAACCCAUAUAUUAAAAUUGCUACGUUAAUUAUAUCUUGGUAAUAAAUUUGUGUUUGGUUUUUGGAGA